GUUAAUCAACAGUUUCCGAAGCAGUUCGGUUAGUUUGCAUAUUCAGUUAAGUCAGUUAAUCCUUUCCCAAACCCAUCAUUAUUAAUCCAUCCAUUAGCAGCUCCCUAAUUUCAAUCAUCUCACCUCCAAAAACUUAAACAUCUUCCCCCCAAUCACAUCAUCAUCUAAUCACCCGCCCGCCGUCUCUCCUCCACGAGAUGGCUUCCGUCAACGGCGAGUACCAAUCCGUCGCCGUCGACGACCCCGCCACCGUCCCCGUCGAAGAACCCGCCCCCGUCCCUCCCCCGCCGGCAAACGAAUACAUUCAAGUCCCGACCGUUCUUCCGCUAAGCCAUUUCCCCACCGACAUCGAACAAACAGAGCAAACAGAGCAUCCCGCAGCAGAUUCUUCGAGAGAAUUUGAGUAUCCCGAGGAUUGGCUGGUGGGAAUAUUCUAUUUCUUCCUCGGCGCCCUCCUCCUGUCCUCCGUCAACGCAUUCAACUCCUCACGAUUCGCCCGAUUCUUCCCGCCGGAGCUCUACCUCCAAUCCCUCUCCGUCUCCGGCCUCCGCGUCUCCAAUUCCUCCCUCGCCGCCGACUUCACCGCUGAAUUCUUCCUCUACAAUAACAAUUGGGGAUCCUCCGUGACGCUGGACGGCGUGGAGGUCUCCGUGCUGUAUUACGACGACACCGUAUUGGGGACGGCGAAAUCGGGCCAGGAGUUUGGGCUCGGGCCCAUGAGCGCGAGGGAGGCCGAAAUGAAUCUGGAAAGGACCGGCGAGGUGAAGGCCCACGAGCCGGCUGUUGGGCUCGAGGUGUUGAGGAGGAUUAAGGAUGAGGUGGAGACGGACCGGGUGUUGAGCUUGGGCCUGAGGUUCAAGAUGACGGCGGAGUACAAUUACGGGAAGGACGGCGGGAGGAAGAAGGGAGCUGAAGUGAUGGGCGAGUGCUUGGGGGUAAUUGUGGAAAUGGACCCCGAGAUUGGGAUCGGGAGCUGGAGGUUCGAUUUUGGGGGGAUGGAGUGUGCUGUUUUUGCUACGUUCGAGGACGACGAAGCGUCGCAGCUGUGAUACAGUAUGAACUGGACCAACUUGUUCGUUGGCCAAUGUCAUGAAAUUCGUAUCUUAUUAUUGUAGUAAUUUUGGUCAAAUAUUUCUUUGAUUCUUGUGAUACAUUUUUAUCUAUGGAGUGACCAAACAAACAAGAUAUAAUUUGACGAGGAUGAUGUUGUUUUCUUUCCUAUAUUUGGUGAGGAAAGGGCGGCAAAGUGUACAUUCUUUAACGAUAGAUUUAUCAUAAUCAAUAAGUUUAUCAUCG